AUGCCCUUUACAGCCUCCCUGGCCGAGCUCCAGGUAGAGGCCAGCUGCCCCACCUGCCUGGGUUAUCUGAGAGACCCAGUGACCACUGACUGUGGGCACAACUUCUGUGGCUCCUGCAACCGCCAGUGCUGGGAGGACCUACAGGACACCCUCCCCUGUCCCGUCUGCCUCCACCACUGUCCCGACAGGAACUUGAAGAGGAACAUCCGGUUAGGUCACGUGACUGGUAUCGUCAAGCGGCUUCCCACCAGGAGGAGCAAGAGAAGGCUGCAGGCAGAGAAAGCCCUGUGUGAGCAGCACAGUCAGGCUCUGGCCCUGUUCUGUGAGAAGGACCUAGAGCUGCUCUGUCCCCAGUGUAAGGUCUCCUCCGGUCUCCUCCUCCUCCAGGGACCACCCCUGAUGCCCACCAAGCAAGCUGCGCUGGCCACGGGAAGAAGCUCCAAAGAUACAUUGAGCCCCUGCAGAAGCAGGUCAAAGAUGCUGAAAUGA